GGCAAAAGUAAAACUCUUCAGAUGACUUCAUCUCCGUCCGUAUCAUUUUCAACUUCUGAAAAGUCCACGAAUCCAUCGUCUGACUCUACAGCAAAAGGCCUGACACGCUACAAAAGUGUACCACAUGGACAACAGCAGCAGAUGGACCUUGACCACCGACGGGGCGAUCACGAUGAGCAGUCGUGCGAACAACUUGUUAGAUUUUGA